UUUGUUUUGUUUUGUGUGGUUUUCGUGGAUGACAAAAUGUUACUAUCGUGCUUAAUUUUAAUGGUUUCCAGUUCUUAGUUUGUGUUUAACUUAAUUGAAGCAAAAUCGGACCAAUGCUGUUAAGGAAUAGUUAUUCCUAGAACAUUUUUAUUAUCAUCCAAUAAUUAUUAGGCUAACAGAUAAACAUCCAACAAAAUGAACAACCCAAACCUAAUGGGAGGGCCCUCGCAACGGUCCUAUGGAGCUAUCAGUGAGAGUAUGGUUCCAACUGUCGGAUUCAGCAAUGCCUCAAAUCCCGAGCUUUACACUCUCUCUGAAAGUAUCACAACUAAGAUCUACACCAUCAAUUCUAGCUUCAAACAGCUAGACGGCACCCUCAAAGCUCUUGGCACCAGGAGAGACAACCAAGGCCUUCGAGAUAAAGUACAUGUGACACAGUUAAGUACCAACCAAAUCAUCUCGCAAACAACCCGAGACCUCCAUAGGCUCACUGAUCUUGUCAGAGGGAAGGACAAACAGUUGAAGCUGCAAGUUGAGUCUCUACGAGGCAGGUUCAAAGAAGCAGUCAACACUUACAGCAGUAAGCAGAAGCAAGUAGCAGAGAAGAUGAAGUUCUGCAUGUUACCGUCGGAGGUUGCUGCUGAGGAAGAUGAGGCUCAGCAAGAUCGAGAUGCCAACACAGAGGAAGGUCUGCGACAGUUACAUCAGCAGCGGUUGGCUCAGCAAGAUGAGGAGUUCAUGCAUGGACUGCAGGUAGAGAGGCUACAAAGAGUCAAACAGAUAGAGGAAGAUGUGUUGGAUGUCAACGAGGUGAUGAAAGAACUGGCGGCCAUGGUGGUGGAGCAGGAACAGUCUGUCAAUCUUAUUGAAGACAAUGUGGAGAAUGUAUACCAGAGAGUGGAAGGGGGCCGGGAGGAGUUAGAAAAAGCUGCUCGGUACCAGAAUCAAAGAAGAAAAAGAACCAUGUUCAUCUUAACCUUUGCCACUGGGAUAUUUUUAGUUUUUGCUGUUUUAGUUUAUUUUACCCUCCGGUAGUUUCCGGAUGCCAAACAUCUAAUUUUAUUUUACAUUGGAUGUAUAGAUUAUCUUCAUGUACUCUUAUACUUGUAAGAUUUUAUGAAAUUUGUACCAUUAUUAAGGAUUUUCUCAACUACAUGUUUCUUCAUAGCCGUUUGACCAAGUUCUAGUUCAUUGUGUUUUGUUAUUCCUUGAAGAAUAAUAUCCAGAGCAUCUUGCUUGUUGGGAAAACUUGUACUUCAAGUCUUUUUAGAUGCCAUGCAAAUCAAUUUUAAAUAAUAAUUUUAACGAUUUAUUCACUGACUUGUAUGAUUCCUUAGUGUAACAAAAUGUCAAUAAUUUAAAUAAUAUUUUAAUUUUAUAAUAAAGAGUGAGCCCUUUAUUUUAGGAAAUCAAAGUCUCUCUAAACUGGAUUAGUUACCCUGAUAAAUUUGUUUUACAUGUUAAAUAACGUUGUUUAUGUCGUUAAUGUUAAAUUGUCAUAAAAAUAUGUAAAGCAAGCUGUUUAUUUUAGUGAUUUAUGCUAAAUGUGUUUGUGUUUUUGUCAGUUGCUUAUGAUUUAUGGAUCUUAUUAAAUGUAUGUUUUACCACAGAAAACAUACUACUAUAACCCAGAAUGCCAACCGCAUGAUAAAAAGCGUUAAGUACUUUGAGAGAGCUUUGUCUGUCAAUUCGUAGGCAGCGCCACCAGCGUUGCAAUGCACUCAGCAUAGCAGACUUUUUACCAUGCGGUUGGCAUUCUGGGUAAUAGUAGUAUGUUUUCUGUGGUUUUACUUUCAAAACUAAUUUGUUUAUAGUUAACUUGUAUCUGUGCAUUUCCACAUGACUGGAAAAUCAAAUAUCACAUUCCAAAGGUGAAUAGAUUUUGCAUUAUUGUAGGAAAUGUAAUUUAGUUGUCGCCACACUACAUUAUUUUGAUAAACUUUCCACGCAAGGAUUUAGUCCAGAAAACAGCUGUUUGCCGCCAGCUUAUUCAAAUGGGGUUUCAUUGCGUAAUACUGUUCUGCAAUGAGUUUUACCGAACACCAAUCAGCUGAUUAUACUGUAUUUUCGUGGCAAUUAAUUAGUGGUUAUAAACAAAAACGUAACCUCUCUCAGAGGUUAUGACUAGUGAUUAUUAGUCCUUUAGUUGGUGGAAAUAUAUAAGGAUCUGUACGGAUUAAGUAGUAUGGCGUAAACUAUCGUACGUAACUCGUCCAAAAUGUGUGUACCGGACUCAUAUGGUAAUCACGUAUGACGUAUGGGAACAACCACGCUCGUCCGGUAAACACUUAUUUUCAGGACUAGUAACGUAAUAUACUAUUUAAAAAUACUUCAUUUUUUUAAACAAUAUUAAUGUUGGUUUUUAUAUAUUACCCACGGUAUAGAAUUAUUUUUUAUAAGCAACUAAUUUAAGAACUAUCCCUCUGUAUUAAAAAAAUUGUUCAUACUUUUAUUUUGAUUCCUUGAAAACUAGACUAAUAAAGGUUUCUUUGCAAUAUGUGAACAUUCUCAAAUAUUGCAUUUAAUUUAAAUUAUUAUAGUGUAUUUAAAAAUAUUUCAUUAUCAAAAUUAAUGUAACACUUUAUCUGAUCUUUUACAGUUUUCGAUUGCUACUUGAUUACAACUUGUUUGUUUAUUAUUAUUAGUAUAUAAAAUCUUUGAUACUUAAGUUGAUGUAGAAACUGAAAAACAUUGGAACCUGUAGUGAUGAGAUGUAAACAUACAACUAAUUUGCUUAAAACUGUAACAUCAUCACAUUUUUUAUAUUUCCAUUCGAUUACAUUCUGCACUUGCAACAACGUUAACCCUUUUUGUAGUACAAAAACAUAAUUAUAAUCAUGCUGUAUAUAUAUACUUGAUUAGAUUAUUUGUAUUAAAAGUUUAAUAUGCUCAUGUAUAAAAUUGUCAUGUGAUAACAAACACAACAUUAUGCUUUCAUUAGUAUUGUUACUCAGUAUAUUUUAUUGGAAGUUUAUGACAUGUAUUUU